AACUUCUGAACCAGACGGAUCUAGGUAUCCAGGAGUUGUCUUUGCAGAAAUGGCAACUACACCCCUGAUAGACUCAAUCGAAAACUACAAGAUCCUGGAAGUUCUGGGACAGGGCUGCUACGGUCAAGUCCUCCACUGUUUGAAACUGGAUACCAAAGAGAACGUUGCUGUAAAGGUCUUGAAGAAAAAAAAUGCACCAAACUUAAACCUGAGAGAGCUGUACAUGAUGGAGACUCUUAACUAUUUGAACCCUGACAAGUACAACAUUGUCAAGUGCCAUGAGUGGUUCCGCAAGGCCGACCAGACUAUCAUGGUGUUUGAAAAGCUGGAUAUCAGCGUCUGGGAUUACAUAAAGCAGCUGAGAGGUGCUCCUUUUCCCUUAAAUGGAAUAAGGACAAUCAUCAAAGACGUGGCCACAGCAUUAAAGGCCCUAAAGGGUAUUGGACUGAUCCACACCGACAUUAAACCGGACAACAUUAUGCUGGUGAACCAUAAGGAACAGCCAUUCAGGGCCAAGUUAAUUGACUUUGGCUUAACUAUAACGUCAAUGGAAGCAAGGCCUGGACUCACUGUUCAGCCUAUUUAUUAUAGGGCUCCUGAAGUCAUUAUGGGCUUCCCAUUCAAUGAGGCCAUCGACGUUUGGUCUCUCGGAACGUUAAUGGCCGAGAUUCUACUCGGUUUUCCGCUUUUCCCGGGGAAACACGAAUACGAUGUGCUGCGUUACAUCACCAACGUCUUGGGUAAACUUCCUAACAGACUGCUGAAAGAAGGGAGAAAAACCCCAGAGUACUACCACGAAAGACAGAAGUACUUUAUAUUCCAGAACUGGAUACUCAAGACUCCAGUGGAGUAUUUCGAUGCAACAGGCAUCAGGCCAGUGGAAAGGAGGAAACACAGGUUUUCCUCUCUGGAUGAUCUGAAAACAUUCAGCCAGCAUGAAGAAAACAGCGCAGAAGCUGCAGAUAGGAGCGCCUGUGUUGAGCUGUUGAAGAAAAUGCUCCACCUGAACCCUCAGAAAAGGAUUACCCCAAGCAAAAUCCUGGAGCAUCCUUUUAUACUGGGGAGCUACUCCAGCCCCAGCAAUCACAAUGUAGCCGAACAGUUCCACGCAGCCGUCAGCAAAGACACUGCAGAGGCCAACACUGAUGACAGGUCCCAGGCUGUGCAGGAGGAGGACCAUCCAAAUUAUUACAAUGGCGGUGACUGCGUAUUGGUAAGUAUCAGUGACUCAGAUGUUGAUAAUGAUCUCAUAACAGAAUUCUUCCCAUGCAGAAGCCCAUCGUUGGACAUAGACAUCAAAAGCAUCCGACUGGACGUUCCAAACAAGAGUGCAGAAGCAUCUGACAGCAUAAACUCCCCAGCCUCCAGUGAGGACAGCGAGCCACAGUGUAAAUGCGUUUUUUGUAGCAAUGCAGCUGAGCAGUGCCAAACAGACGGAGACAAAGACUCUGCAGAGAGCAACACUGAUGACAGAUAUGAGGUGCCUGCAGGUGUCAUCAUGGUGCAGCCAGCAAAGGAGUCCAUGACGACCAAACUGAGAAGCUCCAUUGAAUCCCAGGCUGUGCAGGAUGACAGUGAUAGUGAUUGUGAAUUGGUAAGUAUCCGUGACUCAGAGGCUGACAGUGGUCUCCUAACAGAGUUCACAACAUGUAGAAGCUCAUUUUCGGACAAAGACAUCGAAAGCAUCCGACUGGACGUUCCAAACAACAGUGCUCCCGACAGCAUAAACUCCUCAGCCUCCAAUGAGGACAGUGAGCCCAAUAAGAAGAAGAAAGGACUCCGAAGAUUGUUCUCCAUCCUGAAGAGGAAGAUAUUCCCCUGCUUCUGCGCGCCAAAGGUCCACAACGAGUGAAAUGGUCUGUGAAGGUUUUGCAGUAAAACUCAUUCUGUCAGGCUUAGUUUAACCCAAUUAGUUUCAUUGCACUUAACCAGCCUAACAUCAACAAAGGCAAAGUGGCCCCUAGGGGUCAGACUAAGAGCAAUGCAGGGUUAGACAUAGGGGUCGGUGCAAUGUGAGCUGGUCGGCAGGCAGAGGCGGGUCCUGGGCUUGCCAACCCCUGGCUUUGACUGGCUCUAGGGUCAUGUAAUGUUUCUUCUCUGGUGGUUUCUGGUGUUGCC